UUAGAUAGAAGAUUAAUCAUUGCAGAAGUUGUUUUUAUUUUUUUGAUUGAUUUGAACUGUAAAUAGGUUCAUUUACCAUUCUAAUCUUUUUUUCAGUUUAUGAACUCUGACCUUUUUUCAGAAUUACCUUCUACAGGACUUGCCUCCCUACAGGUUACCCCUCUGUCAAAACUAUUUGUUCAUGAUCAAAUAUGUUCAUACAAACUGAAUCAGGUCCCGGGUCUUGAUACCAACAGGUGUUUAACCAUUCACCAGUAGGUAUGAAGACCAAUGAUCUGUUCAGUCUUUCUCUCUACUGGACGAAGGACCCAGCACCUGCACCGUGGACCCAUGGAAUACUAAGAUAUUCAUCUUGAGUUUUAACUAAAGUUAACUAAUGUAUUUAAUGUUAAUGAUAGAUGAAUAUGUAUAAGCUAAAUUGGCUCUCCUUCUUUUUGGUUUUUAUCAUUUCUCAUUUUAUAAAAAAAAUUAGUUGUACUGGCAAGCUUUGUUUAAAAGUUAUUACAAAAAAUUGGGUUGGAUCCUUUAUAUUUACCUAUUGGUAUGAAAAAUAGAUAACAGCCUACUGUUACAAAUAGUACCUGCUUCCCGCCUAUUUCGUAUAGAUAAGUGUCGCCGCCUAGCGUAUAGUAGCGUCAUUUCAUUUCAUACUUUUAUGACUUCCGGUUAUUAUAGUUAAAUUUAAUUAAGUAACAAUGAUUAUCAAUCCGAACAGUGGAGAGGUUAUUAUUAAUUAUUGAUAUAAAUAUAAUUAUUUAUUCUACAUGAUAUAAAUUCAUCAUUGGUUAUUUUACUCUUAACAACUAUGACGUCACGUUAUGAUUUAGUUUGUAUUUAAUUUCUCAACUUUGUGUUUCGAUAUUUUAAUAUUAUUUUACGAUCGUUAUAAAUAUCUUUUAAUUAUUAAUGUGUUUUGGAUAGAAUUAUAACGUUUGGUUUGUAUAAUAAUACUCCGGAACUAUUAUUAAAACGUACUUGUAUUGUUAACAUAUUCGUGCUACCAACAGUAGACACUAACUUUGCAAAUAUUAUAAAAUAGAGGGUCGGUUAACAGAUUCAUUCUUAUACUACCAUCAGUGUGUAAUAUUAACAUUAUAGCGGAAGCUAUGCUGAAAUUGUUAUCGAAUAAAUUUGUGUACAGUGAAAGUAUUAUUUUACUUCUCCCACCUUGUGUUACACUACUUUUUAGACCUGUUGAAUAUACAUAUUAAAUUUUAUUAAAAUCAGUCAAUCUGGUUCUGAGGAGUAUGGCUCCUAACACUGUGACACAAGAGUUUUAUUUAUAGUAUGACUAGCUGAGCAGGCAAAUAUUGUUUUGUCUUAUUAUUUAUUUCUAGAAAUUAUUAAAAAAAUAUGAGAUGGACCAGCAUUAUUAGAUACUAAGGUGUAUGAAAGAUAGACAACAACCUAUUCUCAGACUUACCAAAUAUACAUAUAAAACUUUAUUAAAAUUUGUCAAGCCAUUUUCAGAGGAGUGGCAGUGGAAACUAACAUUGCAUUGCGAAAAAUUCAGAAAACAUUAAAGGUGAUUAAGUCCGCCAAUAAGUCUGUGUUAGCGGACGCGAUUGACACCGAGCAUACAGCUGUUACGAGGGAGGGUCCUGAUCAACCAGACCAGGAUGACUACGGCUAUGAGUCUCAGGAAACUACAGCUUUAUAUGAAAAGAUGAUGCAGAAGUAUAACAAGAUGCCUGAUGAACCAAAAUUUCCUACAAGCAAUAAUAAUAUAAAUAAAGACUUAAAUGGUACUCGGGAGAGAGUGAAGCACGCCUUGCAACAUGAAGACGAACCUGAGCCCCACAAGCGAAGACGGCGGACAGAAAAUGGUGACAAAGAAAGAGAGUCAAGCCCUCCACAAAAAUAUGAACCUGAGAAGAAAAAGGAUGAGAAAGCUGAAAAACCCAAGUUCCGCAAACCGGCGCCUCCUCCCAUGGACUUCAAUCAGCUGUUAAAACUUGCUGAGCAGAAAAAGAGCGAACCGUUGGAAGUGGCCAUAAAGAAAGCUAUACCCGAAUCUGAAUCCGUUAGACCGAUGACAAAGAAACAAAAACGAGAAUAUGAGGAAGAAUUGGCGCGUCGGCAACGGAGACAGGAACGUAUGGAAGCAGAAAAGUCUGGCCGGAAAGUUGUCAAAGAGGAACGAAAGGUUGAAAGAGAAAAGCCAGAGAAGAAAUCUGAACCAUCCGGUUUUGGCAGAAUCCCCAAACUUGGCGACAAAAAUACCAGCAAUCAGAAAAGUGAAGCCUCCAAAUCUAAAAAUGAAAAAGACAGACAUAACAGUGAACGAGAAAAAGCUGAUCGGAUACAACGAGAAAAAGAUAGAGUGAGGUCUGAAAGGGAGAAAAUAGAGAGUGAGAAACAAAGACAGGAAAAAGAGCGAUUUGAAAAAUUAAAAGCCGAACGAGACAGGAUUGACAGAGAAAUGGAGAAAUUCAGAGAAAAGGAAAAACUUGAGAAGACUAAAGCAAAGUUAGAAAAGACAUCUGAUAAAAACAAAUCAGACAAAAAUAUUGACAGAUCUAAAAUAAGGGAAAACGAAAUCAAAAAGAGUAUAGAUUUAAAGAGUCAAAACACUUACAGGAUAGACAAGAGUUCUAAUGAGAAAAGGUUAAAUGUGCCACAGAAGGGCGACCAGAGACUCAAUGGACAUGUACAGGGUAAACCCAUUCCGAAAUUGGGAAAGGAAUUAAAUAGAAGUGACAUUAAAGAAAAACAAAAGAGUGCAAUUGAUAGAUCUGAACCGAGAACGGAAUUAGGACAGAUAAAAAAUUACCAGAUGCAAGAAGGCUAGAUGAAAAAAAGGCCAAUGACAAACAAACCUGCACCUGGUUCGAGCAAAGCGGCAGUAAACAAUAGUUUUGAUUUCGAUAAACACGUCAACUCCUUGGGCAAGAACGGAAGCAAGUUUCCACCUGGUGCAGUCAAGAGGAAACCACACCCUGACGAAAUUAGGAAGCAGCAAAAACGUCGUAUGGUGCAGUCUGAUUCGGAGUACGAUUCCGAAAUGGACGACUUUAUUGACGACGGGGACGAGAACUUGGACUAUUCGACGCACAUAAAAGAAAUAUUUGGUUACGACAAGGCAAAAUAUCGGGAUUUAGACGAUGAUGACGACCCCUCGAUGGAGUCCAGUUUCUCUCGGCAACAGCGGGAGGAAUAUAUAAGCAAGAAAAUAGGGAUAAUGGAAGACUUAGAAGAUAUGCGAAUGGAGGCGAUGGAGAAGAGUAAAAAGAAAAAGCAAAGACGAAUUAGUGAUGACUGAUUGACAGACCCGCGUCCCGCGUAUUCUACACGGACCAAGCAAUCAAUUACUAAAUUAUUCAUGUUAGCUUUAGAAUAUAUUAAUGUUUUAGCUUUGUGAUUUGUGUAGGCUUGAGAUGCGUGCCACGACAUAUCUCAUGAGGCAUAAUGACAUAUCGUCGACUAAUACCAGCAGAUAGAAAAACGAUAUUUCUAGUUCGUUCGCUAUUCGUCGACAAUGUCUUUUUUUCUCCACGUGAUAUGUCAUGGCGUGCAUCUUAAGCCUAAUGAAAUGUUUUAAAUUUUAGUUUUAUUUAUCAAUUAUUGUAUACAUUAUGUAUCAAUUCGGCUUCUGUGAUUUUUACAGGGGUAUCUAGACAGUCAAGUUAAAUUAUCAUCCAUACUAAUAUUAUAAAUGUGAAAGUGUGUGUGUGUCUGUUUGACCGUCUUUCAAGGCAAAACGGAGCGACGGAUUGACGUGAUUUUUAUGUGGAGAUAGUUAGGAGGAUGGAGAGUGACAUAGGCUACUUUUUUGUCUUACUAAACACCCCCCCUCCCCCCUUCUCUAAAAUGGGGGGUGGAAGUUUGUAUAGAGCAUUCCGCAAUUUUCAAGGUAUAAAGGUAAAAACUGGUAUACGGACUAUUUCUGACUAAAAAACCGUAACACUUUUUUUUUAUCCCAACCCAACCCCUUAAAAGAGGAGGUAAAUUUUUAUAUGAGACUUUUCGCAGUUAUCAAGGUAGUGUAGGGGUAGAGUAGUGGUAUUGUAGGGGUAAGACAGGGGCAGGGCAGGCAUAGGGUAGGGCUGGGUAGAAGUGGAGUAGGGUAGGGAAGAAGUGCAGUGUAUAACAAGGGGAAGCUUGACCGGGUCCGCUAGUCAUUAAUAAAGUUACCAAAUAGUGCCUUUCCAAUGGUCAUUAUUCUUAUAUGUGUACAUUAUUGUAAAGAACUGUAAUUUUAAAUUAAAUCUAUUAGGUACCUAUCAUUUUAGAACUCUCACAGCUUUAAUUUCACUUUAUGCUUACAUUUGUCAACUUUGUAACAGCACUUGUCAUUACAUCUAAUAUAUAAUCGCCUUGUUUCGUGUCUGUACAGAUUCCACACAAGUUCUUCCGUAAUCUUCACUUUAAAUUAAUUCACUCUUUUUUUAUAUGGAAUGCAAUUGAUGCUAUCUAUCCGUCUACUACUUUCUCUGUCUACGCUAAAGUAACUCACACAAUCACAAUCAUCACAAGUAUUAUAACAUUUUUUAAAAGACCGUCUGGAAACCCCCUUAAGCAACGCGUAUAUUAUGAAUCAUCACUAAACGUAAUAAUCAUGAUUUUUUAGUGUUUAUUUUAAAAUUUAUUACCUAGUUUAUUAUUUUUAAUGAAGCAGGUAAAAUUGACAGGUCAUCUAUAGUUACAAUAACAAGUUAUAUUUUAUUUUAGCCACAUUUAAUUAUUGCACACCUGGAUGUUUUUUAUUUUACUAUUAAUUUCCUGAACUAAUUUUGAUAGAACUUCAAUGCUACAAAUAAAUGUUCAGGAAAAUAGCAUUGUUUGUAAAACUGUCAGUAAGAUAGAUCAAUUAAGGUUUUAACAAAAUGCUAUUUAUAAUACGUCGGUUUAGAUUUGAUCAGGAAUAUGUUGUGUUUAAGUUUGUAAUAUUAAUUUAAUAUUAUCGAAUAAACAAAUAAUGGUGUCAAUUUACAUGUACAUAGAUUCUUAACUAAAAUGACAGCUCUUGAAAUGAAAGUGUAAAAAGAAAAAGUUGUUGAUGGAAUAUGUUAGAUUGGCGUGUCGGGUGUCAAUUUAGAUAUUCGUUUUUAAAGAUUUAGAUAUUUCUUAUCAUUAAAAAAUAUUUCAGUCUUGUGUCUGAAUAGGUUUUUCAAUACGGGGAUAAAAUAUAGUCUAUGGCACUCACAAAUUACAUGGCUCGAAUCCAGUACUCAUAUGUUUUGUAUCCAUUGUUGAGACUAACUGGAUCAUCCUCUUGCGCAACGACGUCGUGCGUCAUCGUAACACACAAUGCGUCAAACCGUUGAAUUGCAACGCUACGCACUAAUGAGGUAUCGCCCUAAGUUAUUUCUUGUUUGAGAGAAUGCAACGGAUGCUAUGAACGUGUCUAUUACUUUCCCUGAGUAAAUAUGUUCCUUGGCAUUACUUUGGCUCCCAUUAGUUAAGAAUCGGUGUACAAAAAUAUAAACACCCAAUAAUUUUAUUAUUUUCAAUGUUAGUGAUAUUUUUAUUUAGUAAUGUGCAAGUCUUUUUUUAUUUUAAUAAUAAUCUAUGUAUAAAUAAUAGGCGAGCUUUCAUUCGGAAAGAUACAGAUUUAGUUG